CCCAGCGCCAGCUCCAACAUUUGCAACUUCCAGGGAUUGUUUGUAAGGCCUUUUGGGAACUGUGCUUUCCCGACGAUCCUGAAUCACUUUGCUCUUUGCGCAUGGAAUCUGUCGCAGUCUGGAGCCUCUAAUUCAUUUCUUCCUUCUGCACCACCAACUUUGGCCUCUUCCACGGCUGCGACUGGGGUUGGAAGCGACAGCCCGCUCGGACCUUCUCGAUCUUCGGCUUGCGCCAUCCACCAAAGCUCACCCACCCUCCCACUCUCUGGGGAGCUUCAACACGGCGCGAAAUCGCUCCUUCCGACAAUCCAAACACCCUCCACUUUGCUCAGCAUCACUGGCUCUGCUAUUCUAGCCGGUAAACUCCACUCUCACUUCAUGUUUCCUUCUCUUGUCUUACCAAUUGACCUAUUUUAUUGCGACGAACUCACGGCUGACUGUGGAUUUCUACUAGCAUUGUUGCGCUGGCCCGACUCCGGCCGUUACCAAUCCACGACGCCUUCCUUGCCCAUCGUCGGAAUCACGAACUUAUCUUUUCGAUUUUGGAUCACUUUUUGCCUCGGCCUUUUUUUGCGCAAUAAGAAAAUCCCAAGUAUUUUGCUUUCCAGGUGCUUCAAGGCAAGAGCAAGUAGACGAAGGAGCAGGACGACCGACUGAUCAAUCAAACAACACCAUCCAUAAUACCCAAGAUGUCUGCUCGACCAACGACGCCCAUGUCCCCAAAGACCGCCAAGGUCAAAUCGCCCCUCCCUGGCACACCGGUCUUUGGCUGCGAACACAUCCAGCGGCUGUUCACCCAGUCCACAGAGGGUAUUACCCAAUGUGUCCACCACUACAAGAUGAUCCUCAAAAACAUCUUUGAGCAGACGCCUGUUGUGCCGCAAACAUUUAAGAACUCUGACGGCCAGGUCAUGACGUCUCUCACAUCCAACUACCUCUGUCUACAAUGCUCCGCCAUUGUCAAUGAGGACGAUCGUCUCAAGCACGGCACAAAGAAGCAGCAUCGCUUCUAUGUCGACUCAAGGAGUGGUGCCCUCUACUGCCAGAUAUGUGAUGACCUAGUCUGGGACCCCACUCUCGAGGAGCUUCGAGUUCGUAAGAUGGGAACAGGAACUUUUUCCAACCGGAAGAGAAAGCACGAUGAGAUGUUCUCAGAUGGCGUAAAGGACAGUUCUGCAAGCAACCCAGGCUAUAUCUCCAACAACACCACCACUGCCUCUUGCAAGGCCAAUGGUCUGCGCGGAAUCUACAAUGCUGGAGCAACAUGCUACCAAAAUGUGGUGCUGCAGAGCUUCCUCCACAACCCCCUCCUACGCAACUUUUAUCUCAGCGAUGGCCAUCAGAGCACUGAUUGCCAGCUGACCAACUGCCUCAGCUGUGCGAUGGACGACAUGUUCCAGGACUUCUAUGCCGUUGAGAAUACUAAUGGAUUCACGGCGGCUAGUAUUCUGUCUGGAUUCUGGAUCUCAGAGAAGAAGGCGUUUGAAAACCUCGUCACCACCAAGGAGCAGGAUGCCCAUGAGUUCUUCCAAUUCCUCGCCGAGGAGCUGCAUGAACGAAAUGGAGAUGGCAAGCGUCCUGAGACUGGAAGCGAGCACACAUGUAACUGCAUCAUCCAUCAAACAUUUUACGGCAAGCUCCAGACUGGCACGACUUGCCAGAACUGUGGAGGCGUCACCAACGCGGUUCAAUCAUUCCUGGACCUCAGUCUCGGACUGGAGAACCUCUCUCACAAGAGAAAGAAGGGAGGUCAGAAGGUGCCCAGUCUGACUCUGCAGGAGUGCUUGGAUGAGGAGUACGUCAAGUCAGACAAGUGCGAGUAUCGGUGCCACAACUGCAGCUCGAUGCAGCAGGCCAAGAGAGCCACCAGCAUUAAGCGGCUGCCGAAUGUGCUCGCGAUACAGCUCAAGCGAUUUGAGUACAAGCAGGGCCGCCAUGACCGCGCAUCAAAGAUCGAGACGGUGGUUAACUUCCCCCUUCAGCUCAACAUGCUGCCAUAUACAACCAGAGGUAGAGGCGCGGACUCCAAGGAUGCCUUUGACCUCGGAAGAUCUUGCACGUACGACCUCCUUAGCGUGGUGGUCCACGUGGGCGAGAUCGACACGGGCCAUUAUGUAUCCUACUGCCGAGUAGGCGACCAGUGGUUCAAGUUCAACGACCACAAGGUUGAAAUGGCGUCAAAGUCAGACGUCAUGAGCGCUCAACCCUAUCUGCUCUUCUACAUUAUCCGUUCACUCUCGUAACCUCAUACCUCGAGAGGGGACGAAACGUAUCACGCCGAGCAGUGUAAAACAGUAAUGCCACCAGGUUAAACGAGGUAAAAGCGGUGGCCCGCCGAAAGUAUGGGGGAAAGGGGCGCUUUGGAACGGCAAAGGCGGGGGGCGACGGAGGAUCAAGCAUCUUGUCGGCGUUGGAAAUAAACGUGGGUAAUGCAUCAUCUUGGGCCCUUUGGCAAAGGCGAACAACAAAAUCCGCAUUUUGGAUGGCAAUCCUGAGGAGCCAUCAUUGUAUAGAACAGCGAUCAAGCGUAUGUACUUUCUAUUGAAAUCUCGCAAAC